AUGAUUGAAACCAGGAGUCAAAAGUCGUCGGAAGGACAGAAGGCAAUGAUAGAAGCAGAAGUCCAUCCGGACCCUGACAUGGAUGAGAACCGGGACGGACAUGGAUCGGAAUGGAGUGGAAACAGAAGAUUGGCGAGUGAAUCUACUCCGGUAGAACAAGGCCCAGAUUUUGUCACUUCCACCGGGACUUUAGACCGAGAAGAGAUGUCGGAACUGUCCGACAUCUCUACUGAAAACGUGGCGACUACAAUAUCACCCACAGACAACACUAUGAUGCAUGGUGCGACGGAGAAACCGGCGACGUCCUCAUCGUUUUCAGAAAGAGUGAAGAAAACUUUGGGAAACUUCUCUCCGUUUACCAUGGGAACGGGUACAGGUGAUGAAGCAGAAACCCAGGAAGAGGAGGAGGACGAUGACGAGCAAGAUGACUUCGGAUCUCAAGUCAGAGCCUCAAUAGUUGGACUUAGGAGAAUGAUGCAUACACCGACGGAGAGACCGGCUCUAUAG